AUGCAGACGGAGACGAAGCGCAAGCCCGCGGCGUCCGCCGCCGCGGCGCCCCGCGCCGACGACGCGCCCCCGGCGCCCGACGCGCCCCUGCGCGUGCCCAAGGUCGCGGGCGCGCCCGCGCCCGGCGUCCUGCACUGCCUCGUGACGCCGAAGCUCCUCUUCUCGGUUCCCCGCGACGCGAGCUGGCGCGUGGCCGGCGACGUGCCGCAGGGCGUGCUCCGCGAGGGCUUCUCGCGGCGCUUCCCGCUGACCAUCGCGGGGCUGGACCACCUGUCCUUCGAGGCCGUGGGCAAGCGCGCGCUCGGCGCCGCGGCCGCCGGCGCGGACCCGCCCGCGGUCUACCGCCUCACGUCGUCCGACGAGGCCGAGGAGCGGAUCCUGCUGGGCAUCCUGCGCGCGCUCGAGCGCGCCUACGAGAGCAAGCACCGGCUGGCCCUGGACCAGGCGCGCACGGACAUGCUGAGCUCGUCGAUGACCUUCCAGGUCAUGGCGGACGAGAUCCGCGCGCGGCAGGAGGAGUCCAAGGCCAAGUUCGACAAGGAGACGGCCAAGCUCAAGGACAAUCUGACGACGACGUCGAAGCGUUUGUUUUUGCUCGAGCACGAGAAGGACUCGCUGACGAAGGCCUUCCACUCGUCGACGGAGACGACGCAGCUGCUGCAGAACACGGUCGAGAAGCUGCACCGGGAGAAUUUGGAGAUGCGCGACCGCAUGGCCAAGCUCGAGAGCCGCCUCGCCGAGGUCUGCGACGGGCGGGGGUUCGCGGACGUCGCGCCCGCGGCGCGGCCGCCCGUCGCGUCCGCGACGUCGCACACGCAGACGGAGCUCGUCAUCCUCGCGCCGUCGGCCGCCGCGGGUGUAGCCAUCGUCCCCUCCCCCACGAUGGUGGCCAUGGACCUCAACGACGGCGACCUGGCGAACCUGAGCGUGGACCUCGGCGGGUCGACGCUGCGGUCCGCGGGCACGCUCAAGACCGGGCGCCUCGCGACGACGGAGGCCCGCCGCGGCCUCGGGCGGCGGUCCACGGUGUCCAUCCCGUCCAAGUUCGAGACCGUGCUCCUGGACCCGAGCAACGAGUCGAACGCCUUCGGGAACCGCACGCACCGCUUCAAGCGCCAGCUCACGGACCAGCCGGGCCCCGGGGCCUACUACAACAAGCCGACCUUCAUCCGCGACAUGAGCAACUGCGGCUCCGUGAGCCACAAGGGUUCCAUCACGUUCGCGAGCUCGUCGACGCGCUUCCGCGACGCGGCGUCGGCCAAGGGCACGCCGGGCCCGGGCAGCUACCGCAGCCCGCCGACGACCCUGGCCGCGUCGAGCGACCACCGCGUGACGUCGACGACGCGCGUCUUCACGCGGCCCACCCAGCAGUCGCGCGGCGACGCCGCGUCCGCGGCGAAGAUGCCCGGCCCGGGGUCCUACGACCCCUACGCGCCGACGGCCGCCAUGGGCCGCGACCAGCGCCACGGCAACUCGAACUUCCGGAGCACCGUGUCGCGCAUGGCGGCCGCGCAGGGCAACACGCUCGGCCCCGCGCCGGGCGCCUACAACGUCGCCGCGGCGUCGGAGACCCUGCGCAUGCAGGGCAAGCUCGUCAACGGCAAGCUCCCGGAGAACGUCGUCUUCCGGAGCCGCGUGCCCCGCGACGGCUGCGGCGUGAGGGACGAGGCGUACCUGCCGCACAAGCAGGCCAAGGGCGUGCUCGGCGGCGUCGAGGGCGCCUACAAGGAGGCCGCGGCGCUGCGAAGUCUCGUGGGCGCGUCGGAGAUCCUGCUCCCGCGCGAGGUCGCGUUCGCCGAGGCCGCGCCCGCCGUGCCGGGCCCGGGCGCGUACGACGCGACGGGCGCGUACCACUCGACGAAGCUGGACCGCACCAUGCUCAACCACAGCUCGUCCAUGUUCUCCAACAUCACGUUGGACCGCUGGGGCCGGCCCAUCAAGCCCAAGACGUCGCCCGAGGUCGCGCCGGGGCCGGGCUGGUACGACGUCGACGUGCAGAUCGCGCCGCCGCCGCCAUCGGGCCACCCGCGGAAGACGGCGCUGUCCUCCGCCUUCGUCUCGGGCACGCGGCGCCUCCACUCGUCCUCGAACAAGACGCACGCGCCGGGCCCGGCCUUCUACAAGCCCGAGCGCCACGACCGCAAGCGCGGACUGCAUCGGCAAGCGCCCAUGGCGCCGCGCGAAUCCCUGGAGGCGGAGAAGCCGCUCUACCAGCGCCCCUGGUGGGAGCUCUGGGACGGGCUGCGCGACGCGGGCUGGAGCAAGGCGAAGCUCGGGCGCGAGUACCGCUUCGUGCGGCCCGGCUGCGCGAGCUGCCACGGCGACGCGAACCUGGACUGGUUCGCGUCGCCCGAGGACGUCGCCGAGUUCGCGGCGGACCAGGAGCUCGACGGCGAGGACCGGGCCGGCGAGCUCGAGUGGUGGGAGCUCUGGGACGCGCUCAAGGACGGCGGCUGGUCCCGCGGCGGGCCGCGGAAGAAGCUCUUCGUGGCGCCCGGCGCGUCCCUCGAGGGCGUCGAGGGCCUCGACUGGUUCGCGAGCCCGGACGCGGUCGUCGGCCACCGGAAGACGUCCGCCUACGGCGCCGCGGCCGCGAACCGGUCGCGGCCCGCGGCGCCCGCGGCGCGGUUCCCGGACUCGGGCGCCGCCUGGGCCGAGCUCGAGACCUUUGGGUGGACGCUCAAGCAGGGCCUCUUCUUCCGGCCGGGGGGCCUGACGGCCGCGGCCGGCGGCGCCGAGGGUUUGGACUUCUACGGCGACCGCGCGGCCGCGUGCGCGGCCGCGUGCCGCCUCGGCGUCGGCGUCGACGGCGCCACGGGCGCCUUGCGGGAGGACGAGUUGGCGCUGAACGACGCGGCAUCCGACGCCGCGGAGCGCGACGGCGCGUCCGACGACGAGGACGCGAUGCGCCGGGAAUCGCUCCGCCGCAUGUCGUGCCCGAACGAGGCGCUGGGCCUGACGGACACGCCGCGCUGGCCCAUCUUCGACAACUCGCCCGUGGACUACAAGGGCUACGGGGGCCGCGACGACCGGCCCCGGAGCCGGCCCGGGUCGCGGCGGAACACGGACCGGAAGAGCCAGGCGCCGAAAGAGUCCUCGGACUCGCCGCGCGACCUCUGGGACCUGCCCUGGGGCGAGCUCUGGCCCGAGCUCAAGGAGCUCGGCUGGGCCUGGGUCCAGGGCCUGGGUUUGGAGGAGCGGCGCUACCUCCGGCCCGGCGCGCCGUCGAAGAAGUCCGCGCAGCGGCUCGGCCGCGACUACUUCCGCGACGCCGCGGACGUCGUCGACUUCCUGCGCCAGCGCCGCGUCGACGGCGUCGACAUCUUCGGCCACGUGGGCGAGGACGGGCCGUCGCCCCGCGACGACGAGCGCAAGGCCGUCACGGAGCCGUCCGAGGCCGAGCCCGAGGAGGCGGAGGAGGAGGAGGCGGAGGCCGCCGCCGCGUCGUCGUCGUCCGACGACGAGGCGGCGGACGCGGGCCCGGCCCUGUGGCAGCGGUCCCCGAAGGAGGUCUGGAAGGAGCUGCGCAAGCACGGCUGGAAGUGGGCCAACGGCUCCCUGGAGUACGACUACCACUACGUGCGGCCGGGAGCGCGCAAGGGCCGCGCGGCCGUGCUCGGCGUCGACUACUUUGGCACGGAAGCCCAGGUCAUCGCCUACGUGCGCCGCGCGCGCGUCGACCUCGUGCGGCGCUUCGGCCACGUCGACGAGGACGGCGACCCGCCGAGCCCUUCGAGCGACCUCGAGUCGGCCGCGAAGCGCGCGCAGGGCGGCACGAAGCGCGUCCGCGCGCUCGCGCGCCGCGCGGCGGGCGACGGCGGCGCCAAGUGGACCGAGCCCUUCAACCCGGCCUGGGCCGAGCUCCGGGAGCUCGGCUGGGAGUGGCGCUACGGCAAGCAGGGCGCGACGCACUGGGUCCGGCCCGGGCUGCUCGACGGCUCCGGCAAGGUCGAGGCGCGCCACGCGCUGGGCCGCGACUACUUCGACGACGAGCGCGCCGUCCUCGCCUUCGCCAACGAGUGGCGCGUCGGCGAGGCCGGCCGCACGGGCGACGUGCGCGAGGCGCCGCCGAAGCCCGCGGACGUCGACGACCGGCCCAAGCGCGGCGCGCCGCCGAAGAAGAACGAGCCCAAGGCGAAGGCGCCCAAGGAGAAGAAGCUCGUCGCCAAGGCCCGGAAGAAGAUCGCCAAGCGCGAGGCCGCGAACGGCGGCACGGGCGAGGCGAAGCGGAAGGCGCCGGAGCCGUCGCCGUCCGAGGCGCCGCUCUGGCAGCUGCCCGUGGCCGCGCUCUGGCUCCGCCUCAAGAAGGACCACGGCUGGGCCGACGCGCGCGGUGACGCUUUACGGAACUGGUUCCACGUGCGGCCCGGCGCGGCCGCGGACCGCAAGCGGUGGGUCGAGGGCGUCGACUUCUUCGGCGACCAGGUCGCCAUGCGGGCCUUCGUCGUCGAGAACCGCAUCGACGGCGUCACGCUGACGGGCGCCGUCGGCGAGGUCUACGAGUCGCGCGCGCCGUCGCUGACCGAGGUGCCGCUCGCGGACAUGUGGGCGCGCUUGAAGGCCUGCGGCUGGGUCAUGAAGCGGUCGACGGACGCCGCCAAGGACAAGUGGCGCUACUUCCGGCCGGGGGCCGACGCCAACGAGGUGCCGCCGGAGAAGGCCCACUUCUUCUACUCGCUCGAGGACGUGCGCGCGUUCGUCGACGCGGAGCGCGUCGAUCUGGUGAAGCGCUUCGGCGCCGUCGACGAGCCGUCGAAGAAGGCCGCGAAGCGCGCGAAGAAGCGCGCGCCGUCGCCGGCGGCGUCGCCGGAGCCCGAGCCCGAGUCGUCCGAGGACGAGGCCGUGUCGCCGAGCCAGCUCGCGCUCUGGGAGCUGCCCUUCAAGAUCAUGCUCAAGGAGCUCCUGGCCUGCGGCUGGACCUACCGGCCCGGCGGCGCGCUGUCCUACUACUGGUACUUCCGCCCCGGCGCCGUGCUGGACAAGCGCAUCGCGCGGCCCGGCGUCGACUACUUCACGUCCGAGGAGGACACCAUCGCCUUCGUCAAGAAACGCGGCCUCGACGGCGUCCACCGCACGGGCCGCGUCGGCGAGGACGACGACGACGACGACGGCGCGAGCGACGACGGCGACGACGACGACGACAUGGACGACGGCGACGACGACGACGCCGGCGGCGGCGCGGGCGGCCGCGCGCGCGGCGGCCGCCGCGACGACGACGACGGCGACGACGGCGACGACGACGCGGACGACGACGACGACGACGACGCGCCGCCGCCGGGCGGCCGCGGCGGCUACAAGUCGGGCAAGCAGCAGCGCGGCAAGCGCGGCGGCGGCGCGCGCUGCGCCGUCAUGGACGUCGACGACGCGGGCGACGAGGCGGCGGCGCCCGCGGCGGCGCCCGCGGGCACGCCGCCGGGGUCGCCGGCGGCGGCGGCGCGGGGCUCCGGCGCGACGGCGGAGCUGCCGCCGCGCGCCGACGGCAGCGACGACGAGUCGCUCGUCUUCAACGCGGCGUGCUCGCCGACGCAGAGCUCGCCGGGCAAGGCCGCGGCCAUGGACGAGGACCCGGAGCCUGCGGCGGACGCCGCCGUCGCCGAGGCCGCCGUCGCCGAGGCCGACGACGGCGACGACGGCGACGUCGCCGAGGCCGAGGCCGACGACGCCGACGACGUCGCCUUCGCCGACGCCGACGCCGACGACGACGACGACGACGUCGCCUUCGCGGCGCCCGACGACGACGACGACGCCGUCGCCGAGAGCGACGGCGCCGCGCCCGCGGCGUCCGACGACGACGCCGCCUUCGCCGAGGCCGAGGAGGACGACGAGCCCGCGCCCGACGGCCUGGCGGCGUACGCGGCCUGGGCGGCCUACGCGGGCGUCGAGGCCGCGCCGGAGGCCGCGGCCGCGGCCGCGGGCGCCGCGGACGACGCCCUGCGGCCGCGGCGGGGCCGGGACGGCGACGCCGGCGCCAAGGCGCCCGUGUCCGUGUCCGCGCGCGUCUUCGACGCCGCCUACGCCGCGCUCGGCAACCACUUCGGCACGCUCUACAGCGCCUUACUCAAGCCCGCGGGCUGGACCUUCCUCGCCUCGACGCAGCUCGAGGCGCGGGGCGGCCUCUACGUCGCGCCCCACGCCAAGGACACGGCCCCGAAGGACCGCGCCGUCGGCGUCGACGUGUUCCGCGGCGCGGACGACGUCGUGUCGCGCGUCCGCGACGACCCGGCCGUGGCCGAGGCCCUGCGCGCCUUGGCCGGCGACGCGCGCGAGUCCCUGAAGGGCGGGCUCGCCUACGUGCCCGACGACGACGCGUGCGUCGCCGCGGUCGCGCUGGGCGUCGCGGCGAAGCGGCCGACGGCCGAGGACCGCGCGUUCGGCGACGUCGCGCCCGGCGCCGCGGCCUACUUCAAGGGCGUCGGCGGCGCCAAGAACCGGCGCGCGAAGCGCGCGCCGCCCGAGGACGGCAAGAAGCAGUCGAAGCGGAGCCGGCGCUGCGACGCGCGCGACUGCCGCGAGGCCUUGGAGGCCAAGGCCGACGCGCUUUGGGUCGCGGCGCAGGGCGAGCUCAUCUGGCCCACGGACGCCGCCGACCACGCGCGGAAGCGCUUCGGGCUCUGGCGCGCGCGGCUCUUCGCGGGCUGGAGCCUGUGGGUCUCGGGCAUCGGCUCCAAGUACCGGCUCCUCGAGAAGUUCGCCGACGAGGCCCUGGCGCCCUGCGGCGACGUCGUCAUGAUCGACGGCUUCGACGCGGACGUCGAAUUGCGGCUGGAGCUGCUCCGCGCGGCGACGGCGUUGGAGGCGCGCCUGCCCCCGGCGGGCUGCGACGCGGACCGGUCGACGGCGCUCGGCGUCGCGAGGCGCCUCGUGAGCGCGCUGAACAAGCGCGGCGACCGCACGAUCUUCGUCGUCCACAGCGCGGACGGCAAGCGGCUGCGGUCGCCGGACGCGCAGCGCGCGCUGGCGGCGCUCCGGUCGGAGACGACGCACUUGGUCGCGUCCUUCGACCACUGCAACGCGCCGUUGCUCUGGGACGGCGACAGCGAGGCCAACUGGCUCGCGGCGGACGGCACGACCUUUGACUGGUUCGACCGCGAGGCGCCGCGGUUGGGGGCCUUGGCCGGGUCGGCGGACGCGGCCAAGGGCGGCGCGGGCAAGCUCCUCGACACGUCGGGCCUCGAGUUCGUGCUGCUGUCGCUGACGCCGCGCCACGUCGAGAUCCUCAAGCUCCUCGCGGCCCACCAGAAGGCGCUCCGCGACCGGCCGAAGCACGUCAAGGAGCGGCCGGGCGCCGACCAGGCCGCGCCCGAGGGCAUGCUCUUCAAGGCGCUCAAGACGGAGUGCCGCUACAGGAUGAUCGCCACGUCCGAGGACCAGGUCAAGAACUACCUCGUCGAGCUCACGGACCACAACCUCGUCACGAAGAAGGUCCACCUCGGCUCCGUCUUCGUCUGCAUGGCGCCGGACUACGUCGACAAGAUCCUCGCCGCGAACGUGUAA